AUGAUUCCUAUUCAGUCACGCCUACAUGAGAUGUCGCUCCCCAAGGCGGCGGCUCCUCUCGCCAGCACAGAUCCAGCACAACCCACCUUUGCCUGGAGUGGCAGCGCAUCUUCUUCCAUGUCAAGUCCUUUCGCCCCUCCACCAACUCCAAGCGACUCCCUCCUCGAUAUCAACCCACGCAAGUCCUCUUUCUCCAGUGAGAUGGGAGCAGCAUAUGCCUUCCCCUCCUGGCCCAACCGCCCCUCCCUCUCCAGCAACGACUCCACCGAUUCAUGCGCCAGCGCCUUCCUCUCUGAUGACGAUCUCCUGUGGAUGCCAGAGAACUCGGGCGCCGAGAAAGCAGUGGAGGAGGCAAUCAACCAAGACGCCACCAUCUGCUCAGUGACGAUGGAACAACAACUUCAACGCAUGCGCGCCAUUGCCGAGCAAGAAGAUCGGGCCAAUUUCCUCGCCAAGGUCGACGCCCACGCACGAGCAACCCUAGCCCUCCGAACAGCAAAGCAGACUAUUGUGGCAGAGCGAGAGACAUCGAAGCGCAAGAAGCGCCGAGUUGUGCCUACUCCCAAAAGACGUGCUCAUUCGGCAUCGAAAGUGCACAGUCAAUAA